UACCUCUUUAUGCGAUUAUCACUUUCAGAGUGAUCAAUCGUCGUGAAUUCAUAACGUUUUCAUAUAUCUCGGUCCGUGGUCGCGGGCAAUGGGUAUAGAUAAUAGAGACAAAUUGUAGAUUCUAUACCUAUGGUUGUUAUUGCGACUUUAUAAUAUUUAUUUAUUUAUUUUAUUUAUUUUUAUAGAUAAAUGCACACGUUAUAUUACCCGGUGACGAAUGUUUUUAUCGUUAAAAUCGAAAUAAUAUUUAAAUCCGAGUCGAAACUUUUUAAUACAGCACGUACACAUAUGAAACUAUGAGAAAAAAAAAAAAUACUUAUAGACAUUAUGAUAAGUAUUAUAAACUACACGAAACCUCGUAGCCUAUACAUUUAAAUAAUUGUAAUAUUAAUACACUUCAAACGUCAAACCCAUGAUUAUUACAUAAUUAACUAUAGUAAUUACAUUGUAUAUAGCAUACAAUGGUUCAAAGAUGUGUUGUGUGCUACAACAACAGCAAUAGUAAUAAGGACGUUUCUUACCAUCAGUUAGUAUACAACUUUAAUUAAUUUACACGUAUUGUGCGGUUAACGAUUAUUGGUAUGAAUUAUUUUUUCAGCUUUCCAAAAGAUAAAACUAAAAGAACUAUGUGGCUUAAAGCGCUCAAUUUGACAUCAGUUUCUAGUUGGCAAAAAGUUUGUAGUAAACAUUUCAAUGACAGUGAUUUUAGAUUUAGUUAUAAUCGUAACAUUCUUCAAUCAACUGCCGUACCAAUCGGGUCAGAACGAUAAACUUAUUAAAUCGAAUAUGUAAUAAUAAAUUGUUUACAUUUCAGUGAUUAUAAACCUGUUGAGGAACAUAAUUAUGCUCGAAAUGAAUUAAAAAGUCCAACACAUGUAAGGUUGGUAAUUAUUUGAAAAAUCAACGUACAACAGAUUUUGUUAAAAUUAUUUAAUUUUUUAGAUCUUCAAAUAUUGCAAUGACUUCUGAAGCAAAUGAAAGUGUACCUUCACCGUCUGUUUCAAAGACCAACAAGUUCGUAUCGAGUGUUUAUGUUUAAUAUAUUUAAAUUACAAUAUGAACAUUUAAUUUCAGUUGUGAAAAGGAAAACAUUAUUGAAAUUUCUCAUCCAUUUCCAUUUAUUCUGUGUACAAAUGUAGAAGUUUUACCCAGAGAACCUCCGCCAGAAAAAAAAAGAAGAAUUUGGAGUUCUAGCCGUAUCGGGGAUUUGAGAGAAGAAGAUUUUUCUACUCCCAGUAAAAGGAGAAGAAACUUUUGUUUAGUACUAAACACUGUGAAAAAACUUCGUCAUAAAAAUAAAAUUUUGAAUCAAAGAAAUCAGCGGUUACAGAAAAAAGUGUCUUCUCUGCAAGAUAUAAUCAAAGGAUUAAAAAAUAAAAAAGUCUGAUUCCCAAACAUAAUAUUACUACCAUAAAUUUGAAAAAUUGUGCAUGAGAAAUUUAGACUUACAGACAGUUCAUGGUUACAAGUAAAAACUUGUCAGCAGAUAUAUUCAUAAUGAUAGUCUACAGCGUUUAUUUCUAUAGACUUAUUUUAUAAAAAAAAGUGGAAAUUAUCUAAUUCUCCAAGAUACAAACAAUGCCUUAUAUAUUUAUAAUGUUAAAAUAUUUUUUCUAGCGAAAAUAUAUAGUGUGUAUUUUCAUGAAAUUUAUUAUUUAUAUAUUGUUUAUUACUAAUUAUGAGUGGGGGAAAAUAACAAAUUUGAUAUGCAGUACCAAAAAAAUAUUUUUUAUACAUUUUUGAAAACAUAAUUUAUUUUCUCAUUACCUUUUUAAAUUGUAUUAAAAUAAUUUAUGUCGAUAAUAUCGUAAUAUUUACUUUUCUUGUAUUUAAUUUUUAAUUGCCCAAAGAAUAUUUAAUAAUAAUAACAAACGUACAAAUCUCAAAUUGCCACCUAUAUUAUUAAG